GCAUUCUCUUGUCAAAAACCAAGAAGGUAACACAGAUCGAUUCAUCGAUUGCCGAAGGUACCACGAAAUUUUGAAAAAUAGUUAGCACCGUUCAGUGUUUCUGUGAAGUGGUUUCAUUUUUUGCGGUUCGGUAUGGAAAGGGAGGAAAUCGUAGAAUUGGUUCUUCGGUUUCUUCUUGUCUGAAGGUGGAUGGAUAUGAACCCUUUCAAUUCAUAACGAGGGACUGAGUUGAGCAGCUUUUUAGAGAGUAUUCAGAAAAAUAGUUUGAUAGAGAGUUUAGAAAAUGGCGAAUGUAGUGAAUUCGACGCAAAGUCUAGUUUCUCAAGCCUACGACUAUUACUUGUGGACGUUAUCAUUAUCGGAUCGGAGAACACAAGGAUGGCCCCUAGUGGACUCCCCCGUUCCUAUGGUGUCCUAUGUCCUAGCGUACCUUUUUUUAGUAUGGAUAGGCCCAAAAGUGAUGGCGAAAAGGAAACCUUUUGACCUCACCUGGAUACUAGUACCUUAUAAUUUAUUUAUGGCCCUUUUGAAUGGAUAUAUAGCGAUACAGUUACUAACAGCAUCGACACGUUUGCGGUACAGCUACAUCUGUGAACCUUGCAGGCAAAAAUACAACGCAGACGAGUUGCAGAUUGCAAACGCGGUUUGGUGGUACUACUUCUCCAAGCUCUUAGAAUUCUGCGACACAUUCUUCUUCAUAUUGAGGAAAAAAGAAAACCAGCUCAGCUUCCUCCACGUCUAUCAUCAUUCCACAAUGUUUGCCUUUUGGUGGAUCGGUAUCAAAUGGGUUCCAAGUGGGUCCACUUUCUUACCAGCCAUGGUCAACUCCGCAAUCCACGUUAUGAUGUACUCCUAUUACGGCCUCUCCGUGUUCGGUCCCAGAGUCACUCAGUAUUUGUGGUGGAAGAAAUACCUUACCAUUCUUCAACUGAUCCAGUUCACUUGUGCCUUGGUUUUGGGGGCAAACGGAAUUAGAACAGGUUGCGAGUUCCCUCUAUGGAUGCAUUACACUCUGAUCAUCUACAUGAUGUCGUUCAUAGUGCUUUUUGGAAAUUUCUACGUCAAGGCCUACAUGGAGAAG